AUGGAGGUCAGCGCGGAGAAGACCGUGGCCACUGUCUUCACCCUCGACCCUCACGAGGCGAGACGGGAGGCCUGCCUGCACAUGAGGACCACCAGACUACGACACGAACCGACGCCGACCUUCCUGGGGGUCACGUUCGACCGCACACUAUCCUUCAAGCAGCAUGUGGCCAGCCUCAAGGCCAGGAUGGUCAGAAGGUGCAACGCCCUGAGAGCAGUUGGAGGUAAAGCCUGGGGAGCGAGCACCACGGACCUGAGGACGCUCUACCUGGCUUACAUCAGGGCGUGCGCGGACUACGCUGCAGCGGGCUGGAUGUCAGGAGUGGCCCCCACUACGCUGGAACAGUUGGAGGUCGCCCAGCGCCAGGCAUGCCGGAUCAUCACCGGCUGCCUCAGGUCCACCCCGGCGCCAGCGCUGGAGCGCGAGGCGGACGUGAUGCCGUUCGCGAUACGGCGGAGGCAGCUGACGGCCGCGGCGACCCAGCGGCACCUGAGAGACCUCCCGGGGGAUCCCCUGCAGCCGGUGCUGACAGCGACGAGGCCCAGACAGCGGCUCCACCGAGAUCGAGGCUGGGCCGACACGGGACUCAGUACGUCCUCGGACGCUGGUCUGAGGGACCUCCCGCGGGAGCCGGUGCUGGUGGUCCCACGGACGCCGCCGUGGGAGAGUGCCGCGGGAGGCGUCACCAUCAGCAGUGCUGUCGCGAGACCGACAAAGAGAACGGACCCACCGGACAAGCGGUUGGAGGCGGCACAAGAGACCCUGGCGGGGCUCCCGCCAGCCGACUACACCGUAUUCACAGACGGAUCGGCCACAGACGGUGUCGAAAAUGGCGGGGCGGGAGCCGUUGUCUUCCGGGGGGCGACGGAGCUGGAGAGGAUCCGGACCCCUGCAGGCCGCUGGACCUCCAGCUACCGCGCGGAGCUAACGGCGCUCGACUCUGCCCUCGCGUCCCUCCUGAGGGGCGCGGAGGGCCCUGCUCCGCGGGAGGUACGAAUAUGCACCGACUCCCAGUCGGCCCUGCGGCGCCUCGCGGAGGGCCCGGCGGCGCAGACGGAUGUCCUGGCGGACAGAGUCUGGCAGAGGCUGCUGGACCUAGCCGACCGCGGGACGCACACGUCCCUGCAGUGGGUUCCCGGCCACGCCGGGCUCCCCGGCAACGAGCUGGCCGACGAGAUCGCACGGGAAGCCGCCAACCUGGAGCAGCAUGACGUGCCGAUAGACCUCCCGUCGGCAAAAGCCAGGCUGAGGAGGCACGCCCACCGGGAGUGGGAACAGCGGCUGCAACCGACCCGCUACGCCCUGCAGAACGGAGUGCGCCGCCCCCCUACGGCUGAGCGCCUGGGACUCUCCCGCCGGGAGUGCGUGGAGGUCGCGAGACUCCGUACCGGCCACUCACUGAUGCUGCGGGAGUAUCGACACCGAAUUGGCCUGGAAGAUGACCCCACCUGCCCGGAGUGCGGGCUGGAGGAUGAGACACUAACUCACCUCCUGACCGACUGUCCCGCCCGGGCAGAUGCGAGACGAAGGAUAUUCGGAGAGGACGAGCCGGAGAUAAAGGAAGCACUGGGAGACCCGACGAAGCUGGUGGAGCUCCUGAGGCGGCUGGGCCGCCUGUGA